CCUGAGUAUCUGACCGUUUUGGUGUGGAACAACCACGGCGAUACAAUCACCACAUCUCACGCGCGCAAUGCUGGCAGUCCCACCGCAUCGGGAGGUGCUAUUGCAAACGGCGUCAUUGCCAACGGCGCUACAGCUACCUUUGCGGUCCCCUCUGGCUAUGCUGGAAACGUCGCCGUCAACGAUGGCAACUAUGAGCUGACUGGCGAUGACUCUCUUAUUGAGCUCUCCUACGUGGUCGCGGAUGGUUAUGAUUUCCCCAUCGCUGAUGUCGACAUCUCCUAUGUCAACGGUUUCUCCGCUGCUAUCACCUGCCAGUGCUCUGGCGUCUACGUUGUCGGCUGCAACACGAACCUCUUCACGACUGGCAUCACCUGCGCCGACAACGACGGUGAGAACGCCUGCGUGAACCCCGAGCGGGCCUCCACCACCGACACAACUGCUGCUCCCUUCUUUGCUCCGUGCGCGGGCGCUGCUUACACGUUCCCCAACGACAAUGGUGCCAACUCGUGGGGUGCCUGCCAGAGCGGCGUUAUCGAGUGCUGUGUUGGCCACGACUGCCCU